UACACGUUAUUUUAUUGAGCGAGUGAAAUCAGACUGUAAAGUGUGCUACUGGCUGUCAAGUGAGCUGUUUUUGUGUCAGCAGCAGCUCUGAACCGAGGGGAGGGAGCAGGACUGACUGAGAGGAGUGACUUUCUUUCAAAAAUAGUUCACUUCUUCAUCACAGCAGCAGCAACCGGUGCAGCAGCAGCAGAGGCAGCAGCAGCGGGUAUGAGGGUGUGAGACAUGGCUCGUCACGGAAAUAAAUAACGGGACCGAGGGACGUUGUUAUUUAAACCGUAUUUAAAGUACGGCGAAGAGCGAAAGAGAAGAAAGAAACGGAGAUACAGCUAAAGUCAGAGCCACACGUUUCAGUGUUGAUGUUGGUAUUUGGAGGCGAAUACCUGCCGAAAAUAAUCCCGACAACCCUUAUUGAGGCUUCUCUGUCCUGUGUGACCCCCCUGACACAGAGAGAAUGGUGAUGGAGGAGGGGGGCCAGAGAGACAGAGGUAGGAGGGCUCCAGCGAUGGUCCGAGCAGAGGAAAGGCAGAUUUUCCUGGAGCUCGGGGAGCAGAACUUUGAUGCUAUUUGUCUGUCAACAUAUCGAACAGCCUGCAAGCUCAGAUUUAUACAGAAGAGAUGCAACUUGCAUCUCAUUGACAUUUACAAUGUGAUCGAAGCGGUGCGGGAUGCUGGUCUAAAUGCGGUGGAACUGAACGCUGGCAUCUCUGUGACCAGACUGGAGAACCUCGUGUCCUCUCUGUUCAAUCAGCUCAGCAAACGCCUGCCCACCACACACACCAUCAACCCGCAGCAGAGCACCGUCCUGCUGGUGGAGUUCUUGCUGGCUGCCAUCGACUGCGAACCGGACAGCCGCCUGACGGUUCUCUCUGUAAAGGCAAUGCUGGCAGUUCUGUGUGGAGGGAAGCUGGUGGAUAAACUCCGCUAUGUGUUUUCUCAGGUAUCUGACUCCAACGGUGUGUUGGUUCUGUCCAAGUUUGAUAAUUUUCUGAGGGAGGCUCUCAAGCUGCCCACUGCUGUCUAUGAAGGACCUUCCUUUGGCUACACACACACCUUAGCACGCUGCUGCUUCCCACAACAGAAGAGAGUGAUGCUCAACAUGUUCCUGGACAUCGUGGCCAACCCUCCUCAGUGCCUCAUUUGGCUGCCUCUCAUGCACCGCUUGGCCAAUGUGGAGCAUGUCUAUCAUCCCGUCUCGUGCUCUUACUGUCGCAGCAACGGCAUGACGGGCUUCCGUUAUCGCUGCCUCGAUUGCCGCGGUUACCAGCUCUGCCAGAACUGCUUCUGGCGUGGCAACACCAGCGGCUCGCACAGCAACAAGCAUCAGAUGAAGGAGCACUCUUCCUGGAAGUCAACGGCGACAAAGUUUGGUCGAGCCCUGAGCAGGACUCUGGGCUGUGUGUCAUCCAGGGAGCCACCACACCCCAUUUACCCAGAAGAACCCGAGAGGACCCUUAACCUCGCCAACAUAGUCCCCUCGAGACCUGUUGGGAACGCCAAUGAGGCCAUGCUGCUGUCUUCAUCAGCACCCGAGUCCUCGAGAAGCUUGGAAGCGGCUCAGCGAAUGAAUGAGGAGCACGCUCUGAUCGCCGCGUAUGUGAAUCGCCUCCAGGGCAGCCCGCGUAUCGACAGUCCCAGCAGGCAAGAUGACGAGCACAAACUGAUCGCUCGCUACACUUCUCGACUGGCCGACACCGAGAGCACAGGAGUGAUCCCGACCCGGAGCAUCAACUUCGACGCGAACAAACAGAAGAGGGAGCUCAUUGCUCAGCUGGAGUCUAAAAACAGAGAGAUCUUGGCAGAGAUCAAACGUCUCCGUGCGGAGCAUGAUGCGGCAUGCCAGCCCAGCCCGGAGAAGGGCAGCACCAACCCGACUCUGCUGGCCGAGCUCCGUCUGCUCAGACAGAGGAAAGACGAACUGGAGCAAAGGAUGUCAUCUCUGCAGGAGAGCAGGAGGGAGCUGAUGGUGCAGCUGGAGGGACUGAUGAAGCUGCUCAAGGAUGAGGAACAGCGACAGGCAGCGCAGGCGUCCGGCUCUUCUCACUCGUCUCCCUCUCGGCCGAGCCCAUCAACCGUGCGCUCUGUAGGUGCUGUACCCACCCAGGCUCACACGUAUCCUCCUCAGGACUCCCUCGCCGGGGUGGGAGGUGAUGUGCAACAGGCUUUUGCUCAAGGCCCAAGAAGAAACCUGAGAAAUGACCUCCUGGUUGCAGCCGACUCCAUCACCAACACUGUGUCUUCGCUGGUCAAAGAGCUGCACUCAGAUGACAGUCGUGAGGAGGAGGAGAGACUGCUGAAUGGGAAGGACAGAGCAGGUUAAAAUGCUGACAGGACAAAUGUUAACAGUGGAGUCAUGUUUCAUCACAGCCAAAGAAGACUGAUACCGACGGAGGGGCGGGAGGUGGCGGACUAGACCUCCUCUGCCAAUCAACCAAUCACGAUGCUGGACACCAAAUGACCACUGGGUCACUACUGAUGUAUAGCUGUGAUUCUGUGUGCGUCUGUUCACUGUGGUUUUACUUUUGUUUUGAUUUUUUUUUUUGGGGGGGAUUUGAUCACGCAUAGCUAAAUGAAUCUGAAAUCUACUGAUCUGUACUGUAGCAUGUGUGUGCGCUCAGCUUUUUUUUUUUUUUUUAAGCCAUGAGAGAGUCGAGGAAGUGAAAAGAUGUUUGUAAAGGGUAACGUACAGAAAAGCUUCAGAAUGAGGAAGGAGAUAAAGUAUGUAACAUGAGGGAGAAAAGGAGGAGAAAUAAAAGUCAGAAAGAUCCGAGGCGAGCUGUAAAGUUUUAAGAUUUGGCACUGUGUGCUUAGUAUUUAUUGCUUUAAUUUGAUUUGAUUUUUUUUUUUUGCCAUUUAUUCAUUCGGUUUGAUUGUUUUUGUGUAUAUGAGUGUAGUCAGGUCCUGCUGAGAUGAUAAGCUUUAAUAGGAUGCUUCCUGCUGCAUCAAGCCCAGCAGAUUGGAGAGUUAAAGUCCCAGUCGGUAUCUAACAAAACCACAGGCUGUAUAUAAAGAUGGACAUCACCUCCUCCUGCUGUAUAAAAUAUUGUGGAAAUUGGCAAAAAAAAAAAAAAUUGAGCUUCUGGCUUUCUAGUUGAGCAUGAUGUGCCGCUGGUCUCUGUCUAGAUGGCUAGAAAAGGUGGCCGUUUGAGGCUGCCUCCAAAAGUCCCCACAGACUCCCAUAUUGAAGUACUCUGAUUUUUCAGCAGAAAUAAACAUUUAACAGCCUUCCAAAACAGUUUUGUUCCCUAUAGCUACCCAUUUGUAAACUGUACAUGGGGUACACGGAGGACAAGUCGACUGUGUUUGUGAUGUUGGCUUUUGGCUGUAUUUUUAAUGCAGUUAUCUGGUAAAUAAUGCAACCUGAUGUGUUGAUAACUUUGCUAAAAGCCUGUCCAAGAAGCCUGUGCUCCAGCUUUGGUGACUGAAGUUCUAUUAUUGAAUCAGUCUGUUUCUCAGCACCAAAUAGCAGGUAUCUGAGUCUGCGACAUGCCCGCAUACAGUCGGUGCACCCUCUCGUUUGAAUAUGCUGAUGUCUGGCUCCAAAAGGUGAGGACAGCCCAAAUGCAAUAAUCAAGCCUUCAAAACCACUUCUGCGUCUCUCUCUCUCCAGUCGCUGGCUGCUGCGCGGACCCUGGUUGCAAAUGACGUCCCCAGAGACAUUUUUUGCUGCAUUUCUGGGUCGUGUUGUCCAUCUUUCUAUACCGUCUCUGUGUGAAACCUAGAUGAGCUCAGCGCUGUGGGUGCUGGUACGAUAGCAGCUCAGAUUGUCCAGGCCUCUCUGUGUUUCCCGGUACUGCAGUAGGGCUACAGUUAAAGAGGAGAUAUCUGAUUACUAUGGUGUGUGUGUGUUUGUGUUUGUAACUUCAACAGGGUCAGUUUUACUAAAGAGUAGCGAAGUUGUUAAUAAUUUACUUAUUUCCACCAAAUCAGUUCAACAUAUUUUACGAGCAUUUUUAUGUGAGUUCUCUUUUGUUAUUUUCUUUUACUUGUGAAAUUCUGGAUACUUUCACAUCUUCAAGAUGAGGUUACCUGCCUAUGAAGGGUUAUAAGUGCUUUGAUUUAAGUCAGAAAGUUUGGGAACGCCAGAUUUGUGUUGAAGAAAUGAAGGGAAAAAAGUCCCCGUCGCUCUGAAUGAGCCACACAGUGAACCAUUUUUACUUGAACUUUACUUCAAAUCAAAGACAUCGGAAGGGAUUUAUUUAAAGUUGGGUUUUUUUGUUUGGGUGGAGCCAUCCGUUAAGAAAAACCUCAACAACAGCUCAUGUAUUAGUGCAACUCCCUGCAGUUUUUUUCAUGUCAUGUUUCUUUCUGCCAAAGUAUAUAAAUACUGUAAGACACAAGGCGCCUCAGCUUCUCCUGUGAUUAACAAACAAUUUAAAGUAAAGCCAGCCAGGUGCUCGGAAUAGAGCCUUAGCAAACUGAUCAGAUGUUUUUUAAAGCAGAGGUGUUUCAGGUUUGAGAUUUUACUUAUCUUGUGCAUUUGACCUUUUUAGAUAAUGGCAAAACAGUCCAAUCUCUGCUGCCUUUCAGAACGUCCUCUAAAAUGCAGGAGAUUUGUGGGAGUUGAAUUUCCCUCAGCAGCCCAAAAAUGUGUCUGUGUAAAUCCAAAGAUAUUUAAAUUGUCCACAACAUGUUUUUAAACCCGUGUACAGGUUUUGGUUUCUUCUCAUAUGGAGCUUCUUUACUGUUAUAUACAUUUUCGGAUCAGUUUCACUUCAGCUUUCAUCAUCCCUCCAGGUUGUUUGACUGACUUGCUGCGACUGGGAUUAUCACAUUUCGAGUCUGCCAAAUGAUUGACUGACUGUGUGAGUGAGUUAAUAAAUAAAUUAACUCGUGUGUGUGUGUGUGUGUGUGUGUGUGUGUGUGUGUGUGUGUGUGUGUGUGUGUGUGUGUGUGUGUGUGUGUGUGUGUGUGUGAGAGUGAGUUUAAGUGAGUGAGAGAAAUUAAGUGUGACAGGUCAGGCGCGUCCUGACAUGAAGCUGUAAACACCUUCCGCUCUGAACCUGCUGGCGCUGAUGGUGUGAGUGAAAA